AUGGGGGAUGAGGCACCAGCAGAAGAGGCUGAGCUCAGGGCUGCUUGCUGCCAGCUCUUUGAAUCCAGCAUGAGGAAUGAAGCAAGAAGACUGAGGACUUUUCGGCAGUGGCCCGGCACCUCUCCCGUCUCUCCCCGGGAUUUGGUCAAGGCUGGCUUCUUCUUUGUGGGUCCAAGAGAUGAAGUACAGUGCUUCUGCUGUGGGGGGGUCCUGAAGGACUGGAGUCCUGGGGACUGCCCAACAGCAGAGCACCUGAAGUUCUUCCCUUCCUGUAAAUUCAUUUGUGGUGAAGAUGUUGGGAACCAAGAGAUGCUGCCUCUUCAGGAAAUGUUUGACACUGUGGAUGGGCAGUUCCUCAGUUUUUUGCAGGGGAUAGACAGUGAGGACACAGCCCUGCCCAACGAGCCAGAAUACCCAGAGAUGGUGACAGAGGAGGUGAGACUAUCUACAUUUCACAACUGGCCACAGUACACAGACAUGUGUCCUGAGCAGCUGGCUAGAGCAGGAUUCUUUUACACAG